AUGACUUUAAAAUCCCAAGAUCUAGGUGAUGUGGUGGUCGCCCAUGCUGUUUAUUCUAUUGGACAUGAACCGCGUGAGAUCAUAUUCUUCCGCGAAGGUGCUGUCGUAUUUUGGAAUUGUACAGAACUUGAAGCUAAUAAUGUUCUAGAUUUUGUCAGGCCAUUUGAAAUGGGGAGCUACCCAAACGAAGUAGUCAACAAGGAAAGAGAAGUGAUGACAUAUGAUCUUAAGAUUUCAUGCAGCUUCCCAUUGUGGUUCGUAAGCUGGGUGAGCUUUUCUCUCUCCGUCACCAGCUGUGCUUGGAGUCAGACCUGUUGGAUACACUGGACUUCUACUGGGAAGAGGAAAGGCUCGAGCGCCUCUACUCACACACAGUCGCAUACUUCACCAUACCAAGACGUACACGGGUGUUGAACGAGCGUCUCUCCCAUUGCGUUGAGUUGUUGGAACUGUUAUCCAGCUGGGCGGCUGAUCGUCACCACGUGCGCCUGGAGUGGAUGGUCAUCGCUCUCAUCCUGGCCGAGGUCUGAUUGUAGAUUAG